UUCUUUCCUCUGCGCCAAGCUGUUGCUCAUGUCCAGUCUAGCCACAUCGACUUCUGCCCUUUCAUUGUUUGCAUGUUCGUCAUUGUUCCUGUGCGUCGUCCCUCUGAUCUUGCUUGUCAUGUACUCUCAUCCAUGUACCCGUCUGUCUGUCGCCUGUCCACCUUUUUGCCAACUGCCCGCGUGUCUGUCGCUCUGCUGGUGUGUAUGCGCGUUUAUCCACACUCGUCCUGCUCACUGCCGCCCCAAGAGCAUUUUCACCGCCUGCUCUGCAAACUCUCCCGCCUCCGAGGCCUUGAUUGCGCCAGACCGCCAGGCCUAGGCUUCAGCCCCGGUCGCACGUCUACGCUGGCCUCAGAAGCGUUGUCAUCUGCCCUGCUCAUGUAUAGACUGGCCGAGGCCUGUCACUGUCACGCCCUAGCGGGUGCUGGCAUUUCGUUGGGUCGAGCAUGCAUGCCGCUUCGAGGCUCGCGCGGCGAUCCCUGUUCGAGUGCGGGCCGGCCUCGACGGGGCGGAGGGUGA